GCUCACUGACAGCCACCGCCACUCUCCAAACAAGUACUUGUUUUACAUGUGUCUCUGAGGAGGGCAGUGCGGGGUGAAAGCAUGAAACAAUCGCGAUUUCCCAAAUUGUUCCAGAAACUUUCCAUCGCCUUCUCCAGGAGGAAAUAUCAACUGCUGCAGGACAGUGACUUGCACGGCAAGGAGAAUGGGGAGCUCCAGGAACUAAAAGUUAAUAGCAAAAAAGAACCAAUUGUGCCUGUAUCUUCCAAAGAAGCUAGCACACGGUACCUGGAUGAGCUAGUAAGCGAUCUUCAGGCUGACUUACAGAAUGGCCUCACAGCAGUCGAUGUGCAGGAACGUCGCCUCCUGUAUGGAUGGAAUGAUUUUGAAGUGGCUCAACCUGAACCAAUUUGGAAAAAGUACCUUGGCCAGUUCAAGAAUCCCCUUAUUCUGUUGCUUUUGGCCUCAGCUGUUAUUAGUCUCAUCACUAAAGAGAUUGAAGAUGCAGUGAGCAUAACAUUGGCUAUAAUAAUCGUUGUCACAGUUGCUUUUGUGCAGGAGUAUCGAUCUGAAAAGUCUCUGCAAGAGCUAGGCAAACUGAUACCUCCAGAAUGUAACUGUAUUCGUGAAGGUAAGCUGGAGCAUUUGCUAGCAAAGGAGCUUGUAUUGGGUGACACUGUGUGCAUUUCCGUCGGUGAUCGAGUCCCAGCAGAUGUUCGACUCUUUGAGGCUGUUGAUCUGUUGAUCGAUGAAUCGAGUUUCACAGGGGAGUCAGAAGCUUGUAACAAAAGUGCUGCAACCUUAACAGAAGCUGGGGAUCUGACUUCUCUUCAAAACAUUGCAUUCAUGGGAACACUUGUACGAUGUGGGAAUGGAAAGGGCAUUGUGAUUGGAACUGGUGAGAACUCUGAGUUUGGAGAAGUAUUUAAAAUGAUGCAAGCUGAAGAGGCUCCAAAGACCCCAUUACAAAAAAGCAUGGACAAGCUAGGAAAGCAAUUAUCACUCUUUUCAUUUGCAGUUAUUGGUUUAAUGAUGCUGAUUGGUUGGUCACAAGGGAAGCACCUCCUUGGCAUGUUUACUAUAGGAGUUAGCCUGGCAGUUGCAGCUAUUCCGGAAGGCCUACCAAUUGUUGUCACGGUAACAUUAGCACUAGGUGUAAUUAGAAUGUCAAAGAAGAAAGUGAUAAUAAAGAAACUCCCUGUUGUAGAAACAUUAGGUUGCUGUAACGUUAUCUGUUCUGAUAAGACUGGCACCCUAACAGCUAACGAGAUGACUGUUACACGAUUGGUUACAUCAGAUGGAAUACAUGCAGAGGUAACUGGUACAGGAUAUAAUGGAAAUGGCGAUGUACGCCUGUCAUCCAGUGGAGAAAUAGUAAAGGCAUUCUCCAAUCUGUCUGUAGGAAAACUGGUUGAAGCUGGAUGUUUAUGCAAUAAUGCUAUCAUCAGAGAAGACACAUUAAUGGGACAACCAACAGAAGGUGCCUUAAUUGCUCUUGCAAUGAAGAUGGACCUUGAUCAUGUUAAGCAGAGCUAUAUGAGGAAGAAAGAAUAUCCAUUUAGCUCAGAACAGAAAUGGAUGGCUGUUAAAUGCGUCCACAAGAGUCGGGAAACUGAAGAAAUGUACUUCAUGAAGGGUGCAUAUGAAGGAGUUAUUCAGUACUGUAGCAAUUAUAGCAACGGCGGUAUGCCCGUGCCCCUCACACCACAACAAAAGACAAUAUACAUCCAACAACAAGCAAAACUAGGAGCAGAGGGUCUACGGGUGCUCACACUAGCUGCUGGAUGCGAAUUAGGCGCACUUACUUUCUUGGGAUUGAUUGGCAUUAUUGAUCCACCGAGAACUGAAGUCAAGGGAGCAGUUCAAAUGCUUCAAAGCUCAGGCAUUGCUGUAAAGAUGAUCACUGGAGACUCUAAGGAGACGGCUAUUUCUAUAGGAAAAAGCAUAGACCUUUAUAAUGAUGAUGUGGAGGUUAUGUCAGGAGAGCAACUGGACCUACUCAAAGAUGAGGAGCUUUCCCUCAUGGUAAUGAAGGUAGCUGUAUUCUUUAGAACAAGUCCAAAGCACAAGCAGAAAAUUGUUAAGGCCCUUCAGAGCAACAAUGCAGUGGUGGGGAUGACUGGAGAUGGUGUGAAUGAUGCUGUUGCUCUCAAAUCUGCUGAUAUUGGAAUUGCUAUGAAAGGAACAGGGACCGAUGUCAGUAAAGAAGCAGCAGGCAUGAUUCUGGUCGAUGAUAACUUUUCUUCUAUUCUGUGUGCAAUGGAGGAAGGCAAAGGAAUUUUUUUCAACAUUAAAAAUUUUGUGCGCUUUCAGUUGAGUACAAGUAUUUCAGCAUUGAGCUUGAUUGCUCUUUCUAUUAUAUUUAACCUACCAAAUCCGUUAAAUGCAAUGCAGAUUUUAUGGAUCAACAUCAUUAUGGAUGGACCCCCUGCUCAAAGCCUGGGUGUUGAGCCAGUUGAUCGGGAUGUCAUUAAACGGCCUCCAAGAGAUGUUAAAGACUCGAUCCUGAAUAAGGGCCUAAUUGUUAAAAUCUUAUUCUCAGCUAUUAUCAUUAUCAGUGGGACCCUCUUUGUUUUCUGGAGAGAGCUUCCAGAGGGGAAGAUUUCCUCAAGAACCACAACCAUGACAUUUACCUGCUUUGUCUUCUUUGAUAUGUUCAACGCUUUAAGUUGUCGCUCUCAGACUAAAUCAGUAUUCCAAGUAGGCCUUCUUCGUAAUCAUGUAUUUCUCUACACCGUACUGGGCUCACUUCUGGGACAAAUGGCUGUCAUCUAUUUCCCACCUCUCCAGAAAAUUUUCCAAACUGAGAACCUCACACCACUCGACUUGCUGUUCUUGGCUGGCUUGGCAUCUUCGGUUUUCUUUGCAUCAGAGGUAUUGAAGUUAAUUGAAAGGUCAUGGUCUUCAGCAACUCAAAGGCAAAAUGGACCCAAGUCAGGAUUAUGACAGUAUUGGAAUGUAACUUGUAUUGGCUCUGAGCCAUGGUGCACUACUGAACUGCACAGCUACACUUUAUCAAGAUUAUCAAAGACAAUUGUGAAAUUUGAUUUUGAAGAUUAAAAAAAAGUCUGUUUUGUAUAUUGAGAUUUCAUUUAAGGGAAUGUUUCUCUUCAGAAUGUACUGAUGCUGUUGAUCAGAACAACUCCCUUGUAAUUUUAUCUUGAAAGUUCGCAAAAUUGGAUAUUGUACAAAUUCUUAAAGUGAGUCGCAAUGUGCAAAACAGCCUUGCAACUCUGGAAAUACAGGGAGAAGGCAGGGAAUAUUUAUAGGUGAAUUGCACAUUCAGAAGCCAGUACCGCUACGAUGGUUGAAAUAGUCUCCUUCUGUGCUGUAACAAUUCUGCAUAAAUAUUGUAAGUAUUGUUCUUUGAACGUAGUUUUUCUUACAUGUUGCAGACAUUGUGUAAA